AUGAAGGAUACUAGUUUAUUUUACUUUCUCAUCCUGAUUUAGAAGACAAGCUAUAAACAAAGAAUUUGGAUAAGUCUCCAGUCCUAAUAAAGUACAUCACGUUAAAGCUAAAUUAGUUGCUGUUUGA